CAGCAACCACUAUUUUAUUUUAUUUUAAAUCCUCUACAUGCGCCCAACAAUGUAGACAACCAGAAAAGUGAACAUCAAGUAAUGGAACAAUCAUCACAACAACAUAUUGGUUGGGAAACCGGUAAGGAUAAUGCUUUGGGGGGAAAUAUAGAAGAGAAAUUAGAGAAAAAACCAGAAUUAAAUUUUGAAUUAACGCUUCAGAGAAAGCACCGAAACGAAUAUGAAAGACCUACACGGCGUAGAGCCGAAGCGAAUCCCACAGAAAUUAAAAGUGAAGAACCUUCACCCCCAGGUCCGAAGCCUCCGCAAUGCCAGCCGCUUCCCCAUUCAACCAGUUACAAGACCGUGCCCCAGUACACCCUAGCUACAAACCAACCCAUUAUGGUCGAAAGCGACCUUGGCCUUACAGCAAUGAUCAGAGCAUCUCUAAGGCCACACCUUGUUUCUGCAUCCGCAGUGGAUAUAGAAAAAACCCCUCAUGUUCAACCAGUUUCCUUCGGAAUGCGUGAUGGAAUCGAACUCAACGAUGGCAACCAAUGA